AUGUUUGGAUGUAUUGUAGCUGGAAGAUUGAUUCAAACAAAUCUACAGCAAGUGGAUGUGAAUAAAUAUGUAUUUGAACUGCCGGACGCAGCUUCAAUUAAUCACAUUGUAGUAUUUCUACUGGGUACGAUUCCAUUCGAUCCAGGUUACGCUGCAACUGUACACUUUCUAUGGCCGGAGAAAGAAUGGAAACUUCUUGGAAUGCUAUCAAAUGAAAAACCCAGCGCAAUAUUUCGUCUUCGUGGUUCCAUAAUCCCGGCAUCGCAAUCUACCACAUCAUUCUCCUCAGGAUUUACAUAUACAGCCACCAGGUUAUUACCAAGCAGCACUGGAGGAAUGUCGAUGGACCUAAAUGAAACGACAGCAAAUGCGUCAGCAUCUGUUACGGCCGUACUUGGCAUCUCAAUAGAGCCGACCGACGUGGUAGCAGGGCAAAUUAAAACACUUCAAUCACAGACGUCUACGCCAUCGUUCACGCCUUCAUUUGACAAUCUUACCUUAAUAGCCGUUAAUGUACUAAAAAAUCUAUAUAAUUAUACAACAUCAUUCACAACGUCUAAUUUACCAUUCGGUGCGCAAAUUUUGGGAGAUCCAGCAGGAAGUCAGUUUUUUCUGCCAAUGAAGGUCUUUCAAGAGUGGUACGAGAACUUUACAAGGAAGGUUAAAGUCGAUCCAGGCUUUCUACUGAAGAACGAGUAG